AUGGCGCUAGCCCUAGCGCUCUCCAAGGACGAGCUCUGCGCGGUAGACAUUGACUACUCGCAGCGCAUGCUGCGGCUUGUGGACGUCGCGCCUGAGGCCGCAGCGCCGCGUGUGCUCUGCUUUGUCAAUACAAUCUCGGUGCACCACGACUCGCGCGUCAAAGCCGUUCGCGACACGUGGGGCCAGCGCUGCACGAAGCUGCUCUUCUUCAGCAACGCGACCGACCCUGCGCACGACGACAUUGUCGAGCUCGACGUGCCCGCCGACCACAACCACUUGUGGCAGAAGCACAAGGCAACGCUCGCUUAUAUCUGGAAGACGUAUCGGCACGACUUUGACUGGUUCUACAAGGCCGACGACGACGCGUACGUCCCGCAGGUCGUCAUGGAGAUGGAGCUCAAGCCGCUGCAGUUUGGUCACCGGUAUAGCUUGACGAGCGACCUCAUUGACUACUACAUCGUCAACAAGAAGCUCCUGAGCGAGUACAAGAAGCGCACGCACCGCUGGGUCUUCAACUCGGGCGGCCCUGGCUAUGCCAUGAACAAGCUCUACAUGCAAAAGGUCGUCGAGUCCAUGCACGAAGAGACGUGCUUGUCGGACAAGUACUGCGAGAUGCUGCCGGACGACGCAGCGAUUUCGUUUUGCAUGGUCUUCCACGACACGCAUCCGCCCAACACUCGGGAUUUGUUUGGUCGCGAGCGCUGGCACGCCGACAAGCCCCGCGGCAUCUACUACACGAACCCCAACCAACCCGACUACUGGAUCGUCCAGUACCAUCGCGACAUUGGCGGUCUUCAGUGGAAAGACGACUGCUGCUCGUCCGAAAGCGUCGCGUUUCACUACAUCUUGCCCGAGCUCAUGUACCACAUUGAGCGCCAGCUGUACUACUGCCGCAGCAGCGCGCCAGACCUGGAGAGCUUCAACGCAGCGACCGGACUCCACGUCUCGGACCAGAUCCUCGUGCCAGCCGAGCUCGCUAUCGACUAUGGUCCGUUCCCUGUCGACGAUCUCUAG